GUACCACGAAGGUUUAAGACCUCAAUUCACCAUAUUUACAGAUUUCGUGCAGGUCUGCUUUCCAUUUGGCAUGUAACGUAAGACAGUGCUCUAGUUUUUCAUUGUAUAGUGAUGACAUCAGAAGGCGGAGUGUGUGUUUGGUUGACGGAGGAGAGAGAGAUAAUCAUCGGAUAUCUCUAGAUGUGAACUUUACCCUGCAGAGAACUCAAAGCAAACUGAAAUAGUAUGAUGAUGAUGAUGAUGAUGAUGAUGAAAAAGCAAAAUAAGUUGCGAUCAUUACAGGCUUUCUUCCGAUGCUCACACCACUGUCUGCUUCUUGUUUUACGAGUUCCACAGUGGUGGUGUUAUCGCGAGUAUCUAUAUUUGUGCUUGGCGGCAAACUAAUGGCGACCCGUUCCUUAGACAACACCGUCUAUCACAUUACCAUAUCCCUGCCUCCUAAGUGGGGAAAAGGUUAAGUACCUCUUCCUUAUUGUGGGUAUGUGUCAGAGCGUGAAAUCAUCGGCAUAUCAUCACGUCCAUACACGUCGCGAGGCGCUGGUUCAAGGCAUACCGUCGAAACCAACGAGGCAAGCGUUGAGCUUGGCCGCCAAAUUAAUUCUACAUGUGGCUGCCAGACCCGGUACGCGACGAGCUGCGUCAACUGAGUGAGGAUAUAUGGUCAUGUCCCGAGCCAUCGGGGGACGAGCAGUUUGCCCAGCAGCGGCUGUGUGAUAUGCUGCGUAGCAGGGACUUCUUUGUCAUGCCCGGCUACCUGCUGCCCACCGCCUUCUGUGCCGAGCUGGUGUUCACCGAAGAUUCUGGCCCCACGGUAUGCCUAGUGUGCGAGUACGACGCAGUAAGAGGCCUUGGCCAUGCCUGCGGCCACAACCUGGCCUGCACGGCCUCCAUGGCGGUUGCACUGGCCGUCCAAAUGGAAGCCGCCCAAUCGUCUCCGGGUGCCAUCCCCUUCCGGGGCCGCCUGCGAGUGCUCGGUACACCAUCCGAACUGUACGGCGAGGGAAAAGCCUUGCUUUUGAACAAGAACGCGUUCACCGAUGUCGACGCUGUGCUCGCCACAAGACCCGCAUUUGGUCCGGGGAUGCUAUACUACGGAACACCCUGCGCUACUUUCGUAAGUAUUGGCGUCUAUAUAGCUGGGUAACCUACAGCUCUACGAACAAGAUAGAACUCCAGACGAUAGAGAUAUGUUCACGGGAAGAUAAUCACAAACACAGCAGAGGCUCACGGAAGUCCUGAAAUGCUCAACCGCGAUCGAACACGGGACAUC